AUUUGCAAUAUAUUUCAUUAUUAUAUCUCUAUCCAUUAAACUUUUUCUUUUUUGUAUAUCCUUUUUCAUGAUGCAACGCAGCAGCUUCGCUCAUUUUCUUGAUUAUUCUAUCCAUUUCCAAUGGGCAUUUCUGUUCUAUAAAAUCCGCCAUCGUUUCUUACCAAAACCUCUCCUCUCCAUUUCCUCUCUUUAAUCUCUCUUUCCAUCUUUCUGUUUCUCCCAUAUUUUCUCGAGAAAUUUUUGCUGGGUCGUUUUAAUGCUUCUUCCAUUCUUCUUCUUCUUUCAUCCUUCGUAUUCAUGUCUCCUGUAGUCAGUGAGAUUCUUCUCUCCGGUUUCAUCAUCAACUCUGCUCUACGCCGCCGCACACAUCUUGUUCAAUCUUUCUCUGUUGUCUUUCUCUACUGGUUCUACAAUUUCUCAUGAACUAACUCCCUAUUCUCCUAUAUUCUCCAACAAUCGCCAAAAUUAACAACCGAGUUCUUUUAUUUGCUCCAUUUCCAGCAAAACCCAUAUCGGUUUUCAUCUAUCUUUCCAUCUUCCCCCCCCCCCCCCCCCCCCCCACACACACACACACACACACAAGAGAAGAAACUCCUCUGUUUUAUACACGGCCGGUUUCAAUGGCGUCUCCGGUAGGAAGUUCAUCUGGAUCUCCAAGCUCCGACGAAGAUCUGCGUCUAAUCGUGGAUCAGAGGAAGAGAAAGAGAAUGAUAUCAAAUCGAGAAUCAGCUCGCCGAUCUAGGAUGCGAAAACAGAAGCAACUCGAUGAUCUGACAUCUCAAGUGGGUCAAAUCAGAACAGAGAAUGAACAAAUCGCCGUCAAUAUCAAUUUCACGACCCAACUUUAUGUGAAUCUGGAGGCGGAGAACUCUGUUCUCCGGGCUCAGAUGGUGGAGCUCCGCCACAGAUUGGAUUCGCUUAAUGAAAUCAUAAGGUUCAUGAACUCGAGUACUAGACAUCUGUAUGAUAAUUCUGAGGAGAAUGAUGAAGCUUGUGGCAUUGAUGGGUUUGUUGAUUCUUGGGGAUUCCCAUUUCUUAACCAGCCAAUCAUGGCGGCUGGUGAUUUGUUUAUGUGUUAGAGGGAAAAGAAAAAGAAAACGCAAACCAAGCCAGGGUGGCUUUCAUCAUUGUUAUUGGUACUUUGUUAUUGUUUAAUGUGGAUAUGUUCUACUUUCAAAUGUAAUCAACGUACCUUUAAUCAUAAUUAUAUAUUAAAGAAAAAAAUCUUUUAUUGCUACAAA